AUGAGCGAGUUCCAGAAAUCUUUCGCCAAGUCAAAACUGGCCAAGCUACCUGCAGAGGCUCCGAUGUUCGACGCAAUCGGUAACCCCGAAGGAAUUCGAGAGGAGGAUGCCUCAUCCGCAUCCUCCGUGUCCUCCACGGGUACCCUCAUGCCAUCGCCCACACGACAUCUCUAUUCCCGAACCAGCUCAAGCAACUCCCAAUCAUCGACUUGGUCGGACUUUUUCGCCCAGGAGCUGUUCCUUCCCGAGCAGCUCGACCAGAUUAACAUCACCCAUCAUGUCUACCUAACACCCCCAACGGGAUCAGGGCCUCUCUUUGUCCUGCAACAUGGCGCAGGCUCUUCCGGAAUGACCUUUGCAUCUUGUAUCAGCGAGAUGCAGAAAAUCCUUCCCAAGGCCGGAUUUCUCUCCCUCGAUGCGAGAGGUCACGGACAAACAACGAUGACAUCACAUUCAAAUCCCCUCGAGACCGAAAACCCAUCUCUCGCCGCGGCAGCUCAUGCUGAAUCGGGCAGUCAGGUCGAGCUCGAUCUGAGUCUUGGAACGUUAAGCCGAGACCUUCUAUUCGUCAUUCAGCAGACGCAAGCGAAGAUGGGCUGGGAGAAUUUGCCCGACAUCGUUCUCGUAGGGCAUAGUCUUGGGGGCGCGAUUAUCACGGACCUAGCAAAGCAAGGCGGACUAGGCAACAAAUUGCUAGCCUAUGCUGUCCUUGAUGUUGUUGAGGGUUCCGCCCUGGACGCCCUCCAAAGUAUGGAAAUGUACCUUUCUACGCGCCCAAUCCGAUUCGUUUCAUUAGGAUCCGGAAUCGAAUGGCACAACCGUUCUCGUAUAAUUCGCAAUUCAGCCUCGGCACGGGCAUCAGUUCCGUCCUUGAUAUACGAAGAAAACGAUCCCACCGAUCCCACCCGCCCAUGGGUAUGGCGCACCGACCUAACUGCAACGAAACCCUUUUGGGAAAAUUGGUUCAUCGGUCUCAGUCGGAAAUUUCUCGAUUCCCGAGGUGGAAAGUUGUUACUACUAGCUGGAACGGAUCGAUUGGAUAAAGAAUUGAUUAUCGGACAGAUGCAAGGUAAAUAUCAACUUCAGGUCUUUCCCGAGGCGGGCCAUUUCCUUCAUGAAGACCAGCCGGCCAGGACGGCUCAAGUGUUGGUGGACUUUUAUAAGCGGAAUGAUCGUAGUGCGCUGGUACUUCCGCCAAAGGUGGCAGAUAUGCAGGCAGCCGCUGCUAUGAACAAGAGUGACGGCACACCUCAAAAGCACGGGGUGUUGAAAUAA